AUGAAUUUACAGCAUUUGACACUGAUAAGAGCUAGCUCGCAAACCAGAUCCUCCGGUGAAUAUAAUAUUUACUAUUUUCUAUUCUAUACUUUUGACGUCUCUUCAACAGUUAAUCGUUUCGCCGUUUUGAAUCCGUUAAAAGCAACGAUGCCACAUACAGGCGUAGAAAUUUUCACUGAUUGUAUAAAGAUAAACGGAGAUUCGUAUACCAAAACCAGAGAGCUUCAUUCUGACAUUACUUGUGAAAUCGUACUAUUUCAUUGUGAUGGUGCACGCGACCUGGCAGCAAAGCACUUUACAAGCGGACCUUAUGAUGUCAAGGAGGCAGAGAAGCUGUGCACUUUGGACCACCCAAAUUUGAUGCGUUACCAUUUUGCCGGUGAACUACCAGGUGGUCAGACUGGAAUCCUCAGAGAAUUCAGCCCAUAUGGAUCUCUUGAGAGAUAUUUAUUAACUGAAGGUCGAACGGAAACUAUAUCUCAGCUCGCUGCACUAACAAACGAUAUAUUGCACGGCCUCGACUAUCUACAUAAACAUGAUAUCAUCCACGGAUCCAUCCAUCCAUCGAAUAUCAUGUUAUUCCCGACGCCAUCCUUCUUUAGCGCGAAAUUGUGUGACAUGGAAAAUUUCUCCAGGAAAGUUGCUGCUGUUAAAGCGGCGCAAGCUGGUUUUGACACAGAGUACACCAGGUGGUUCAUGUCGCCGGAAAUGCAGCUGUGCGGGGAGACAGCAAAUCCCCUAAACAUAACAACGAAAACGGACAUUUGGAGUACUGGCCACGUUAUCUUAUAUAUGUUCAUAUUUGUACGACCGUUAAUAAAGGCCAAUCCAGAGCACCCCAAACGUUUCUUUUACAGGCCGUGGUAUGAGUGGUCGAAUCAUCUCGUGCCGGACGUUAUGCCAUGGGAGAUCUUCGAUUUAAUAUUUUUCACAGCCAAACAGUAUCCAGAUGAACGACCGUCUGUUCAGGUGCUGCUUCAACAGGAUGCGUGCCAAGUGAACUGGGGGACAGAACACAAACCUGUACAAAGACCUCAAGCCGAUGUAACAGCCGGGGUGUCAACGUUUAUCUUGCCGUCGCCUCAACAAAACGAAAAUACCAAAAAUGGAACGUUUGGACAGGUUACACGAGCGUGGGUUUUACCAGGAACACAACAAUUACAACCGGAAAAGCUAACUGCAGUGCAACUGCAGCAACUUAUGCAGAACGUAACGAUAAAUCAUGCUGCAGUGCUCCAGUUAAUCGACGUGCAUUUUCAGAGUUUCUGUGGAGAAGUCUUAACAUUCAGCGCCGUAUACCCAUCCGAGAUAGAAGAUACAAACUUGACAACACAUAUGGAGACCAUGAUGCUUUCUUGGACAGAAAUACGGACCUAUUGCCUGGAUAUCUUGGAAGGGUUACAUUACUUAGAAAAGUCGAAAAUUAUUAGCGAGCCAGUUUCGAUUCAAUGCAUUCGCUUGUGCAAUCAGCACCGCUGCGGUAUAUACCAGAAAGCUAAAAUUCUACUGGCGCCUCCGCUUCUCAACCUCGUUGGGGCGGAAGCUCGUUUGGAACUGCUUGGGCGCUACGCUUCCUAUUGGUUCGCUCCUGAAGAACUGACCGGAUAUUCCAACAACUUGCUACCUAAGACAAACAUCUGGCACUUUGGGCAGAUUCUGUUGGUCAUGGUUAAGAAAGAAAAGGGCCGCUGUCUUGUACGAAGUGACAGUAGCAGGCAAAUUACUGGCGAGAUGUCUGAGAAUCCAAUUAAAAUCAGCGAUAUCGCCAACCCUCUGCCACUGUUGCAAGCCGGCUAUCAACCACAAAUUCCCCCGUACUUACCUGCUAAAGUGCAAAACGUUCUCCAAGAAUGCUUUCAAGCGGCUCGGCAACGGCCCACUGCUGCUAGGCUGAUGGAACCGGCCACUUCCUUGUUUACGACCGCGGACAAAAUAGCGCAAAAGAUAAUCGCACGUACUCUGCCACAGUUUACUAUGGAAGACGUGACAACCGAUGAAACUGCGGCAUGGGCCGGCCCAGAAAAUUUCCCAGUACUGGAAAGACUCGGCUACCCCAAAGAGGAAUCAUUCCCCAACCACCUGAUCAGUAAACUUAUUCUUGAAGUGCCCGCGGGAAUUAAGAAAAACGUUAAUCUGCUGCUAAACCUGCGCAACGCAGACCGUGAUUAUCCCGUCGCGAUAAUAAUUAGGCAACCGACAGACUUGUCUACGAGUUUGUUUUCAUCCAUCUCAGAUCUCGUUAUUGAAUUAAUUAUUAUGAGUAUCUCGAACUUCAAUGGUGCAGAUCUGAGAGAAUUGCAGCUGUACAACGUAUUAACGCUUCGCUUCACCAACUGCCAAGAUAUUGUGAUUUCUCGUGGGGAUCUUGACGGGUUUAGUAAACUGCGAAGCCUGGAGUUCAACAACAGCACACUCAAAUCGUUCGCUGUUUCCGCUCUGGAUGCGCUUCCCAACAUGUACAACCUGGACCUUACUGGCAAUUUGUGCAGACAGCCGAGUGAAGAAAUCUGCGACUAUAUUGAACGACUUCUCACCGAUAAACGUUUCCGAGAACUUCGUGAUUUCAUUAGCAGAAGGCGUUUCUUAAUUGAUUCCCAACCGCAGGGUGCUUUAUGGCAGUACCAAGGCCACGUUAGUGCUCGAAUUUUUGGGCAUUUUAAUUUUUUGUUUUAACUGAUUUGCGAAUAAGGUAGGCUUUGCGAGGCUGUCAUGCUCUUUCAGAUAUUCAGAUACGUGCGUUAGUUUGGGGCUGCAACAACUGCCGUUAUUUUUCCGGGGCAAAAAAGAUUUUAAUAGGUACCUAGUUAUUUGCAGAAUGAAUAAAGUUUGAUUUGUCUAA